AUGGCUCCUAUCACUAAAGAGUGUGAUUAUCUCGUCAUUGGAGGAGGUAGUGGUGGUCUGGCCUCUGCAAGAAGGGCUAGUGGACAAUGGAGUGCGAAGACUAUCGCUGUAGAAAGUAAUCGCCUGGGGGGUACCUGUGUCAACGUUGGGUGCGUCCCCAAGAAGGUCACCUGGAACGCUGCGGCAAUUGCAGAAACCCUACAUGAAGCCAAAGCAUACGGCUUCUCUAUCAAGGAGACCGCUCCUUUCGAUUGGAAAACCUUCAAACACAAGCGUGAUGCUUACGUCGAACGCCUGAAUGGCAUCUAUGCUAAAAACCUUGGAAACGAUCACGUUGAAUGGCUUCACGGUCGCGCUCGUCUCCGUUCGAAGAAUGAAGCCGAGGUUGUCCUCGACGAUGGCAGCAAAGAAACCAUUCGCGCUAAAAAAAUCCUACUGGCCACAGGCGGCCACCCAAACAUUCCGAAAAUUCCAGGAAGCGAAUUGGGCAUAACUUCUGAUGGUUUCUUCGACUUGGAAAAGAGGCCGGAGAAGGUGGCUCUUGUCGGAGCAGGCUACAUCGCUGUUGAGAUGGCCGGCAUGUUCCACCACCUUGGUAGCGAGACGCAUCUGUUCAUUAGACACGACAAGUUCUUGCGUAACUUUGACCCAAUGAUCCAAGACAAGAUCGUAUCCGAAUAUGAGCGCCAAGGUAUAAUUAUACACCGAAACUCCUCGCAAUCUGAAGUGGAGAAGCACCCUGAGAAAGCUGGCUGGUUGAAAUUGCAUUACUCAGACUCUGAAAAUAAAUCGGGUACUCUUGACAUCGACUGCCUCCUCUGGGCUAUUGGCCGUAACCCCGAAGUCGAAGAUCUAGGUUUAGAUAAAGCAGGCGUGAAGCAGAAUGAACGCGGCCAGAUCAUUGCGGACGACUACCAGAAUACCAAUAUUGACGGCAUAUAUUCCCUUGGAGAUGUCUGCGGCAAGAUCGAGUUGACUCCGGUUGCGAUAGCGGCCGGACGCCAACUUGCCAAUCGACUCUUCGGCGGCCCUGACUUCAGGAAUGCAAAGCUAGAUUAUACAAACAUUCCCUCUGUCGUUUUUGCCCACCCAGAAGUCGGCUCAAUAGGCAUGACAGAACCAGAAGCCCGUGAGAAGUAUGAUGACAAAGUCAAGGUAUACAAUACGAGUUUCACGGCAAUGUACUAUGCCAUGAUGGAGCCAAAUGAGAAGGCGCCUUCGAGCUACAAGCUCAUCUGUGUCGGUCCAGAGGAGAAGGUGGUUGGAUUGCACAUUCUGGGAAGUGGCUGCUCUGAGAUGCUGCAGGGCUUUGGUGUAGCAGUCAAGAUGGGUGCAACGAAGAAGGAUUUUGAUAGCUGCGUGGCUAUACAUCCUACAAGUGCUGAAGAGUUGACAACCAAAGCGCUACCAAAGGAUUUUGUGCACUUUAAUAUGGCAUCAACGCAUCAACUGAAGGUUCAAGAUAUCUUCUCUGUAAAGGACUAUGUCUGCCUUGUCACUGGAGGUGGUACAGGCAUUGGUCUGAUGGCAACUCAAGCCUUGGCUGCUAAUGGCGCCAAGGUCUAUAUCACAGGCCGCCGGAUGGAAGCACUCGAAAAUGCCGCCAAAAACCACAGUCCAGAAGGAGGAGGACAUAUCAUACCCAUUGGACCAUGUGACGUCACUUCGAAAUCAGAUCUCGAGAAGCUUGUCCAAAAAUUGGCCUCAAAGGAAAAAUAUCUCAACUUGCUCAUAACGAACGCAGGCGUUUCCGGGCCCAAGGCCCCACCGGACUCCACCUCUGCGGACGAGUUACACGACAAGAUUUGGCAAGCCGAGUCGGUCGAUGACUGGUCCAGUGUAUUAAAGACCAAUGUAACGUCCGUUUAUUUCAGCACCGUCGCAUUCCUGCCCCUCCUACAGGCAUCCAUUGGAGAAAAAUUUGCUCCACGCUCGCCUUCUGUCAUCGUCAUUUCAAGUAUGAGCGGCAUAAUGAGGCACAGUCAAGGCCACUUCGCCUAUAACGCGGCAAAAGGAGCCACGGUACACCUCAGCAAGCUCAUGAGUGCAGAAUUUGAGAAGGCGGAGGUAAGGGUAAACAGCAUAGCUCCGGGCUACUUCCCAAGCGAGAUGACCAUGAAGGAGAGCGAUGACAGUAACAAGACUCACAUGCCGGCGGAAAAGGUCCAAGAGAAAGGGCAUGUGCCCGCGGAUAGGCCAGGCAGUGAUGAGGAGAUGGCACAAGCAGUAAUUUUCUUGUGCAAGAAUUGUUAUGUCAAUGGAGAGCUGAUUGCGGUCGAUGGUGGGGUACUCAACCAGGUGCCGGGGAGAUAA